ACAGGCCCAAACCAGGCGGGCGCCAUGCUAGAAACCAAAAUGGCUGCCCCAGGGAAAGCAGCCCAACCCCGGGAGCCGCGAGGGGGCUGUGCCGAGUGACGCCCGCCACGCCACGCCUCGCCGAGACCCGCCACACACAGAUACACAGUUUGAUCAUCUAACCUCAGAAAAGGUAUUUACUGCAAUCCAAGAAAGAUGAUCAAGUUUUUUCUUAUGGUGAACAAACAAGGCCAAACAAGGCUGUCUCGUUAUUAUGAGUACAUGGACCUUCGCAAACGGACAAUGCUGGAAGCUGAAGUCAUCAAGCACUGCCUUUCCCGUUCAAAGGAGCAAUGUUCCUUCAUUGAGUACAAAGAUUUUAAGCUGGUAUACAGACAAUAUGCUGCCCUUUUCAUAGUGGUUGGAAUUAAUGAAACUGAGAAUGAAAUGGCUGUAUAUGAACUAAUUCAUAAUUUUGUGGAAGUUUUGGACAAGUAUUUCAGCAGAGUGAGUGAAUUAGAUAUAAUGUUCAAACUGGACAGAGUACACAUUAUUUUGGAUGAAAUGGUGUUAAAUGGAUGUAUUGUAGAAACCAACAAGACUAGAAUUCUUGCACCUCUUCUUGUCCUUGACAAAAUGGCUGAAAGCUAGAAAGACCAAGCCAGCAAAGGAUAUGUUUGCAACAACAUACUUCAAAUAUGGACCGUUAACUCCUGAAUAUUCCAAAGACUGGUAUUGCUGCUAGCACUGUGAAUGGACUAAACUGAAACUUUUCCAAGCUAAAAUAGGACUGAUAGAAGAAGUCCAAACUCUUUACUCACACUCUGCUUUGUUAACAAAAUGUUUAACAACAAAAUGUUGAGGAAAUAAUUUCACUGUAUCUGAAGUGUGCUUGCACAAUAACACUCAUAACUUGAAUAAAAUUUUGUAGGUCUUAAAGGUG